GAACAGACGAGCAGUAUUCGGAAUGCGACUGAUUGGCCGUGGACGUCAAUCAAUGGUAAAGCUGGCGGGUGCACUGAAUAUGCCAUCACCUAUGAGUCGGUCGACAUUUUACAGCCAUGCUAAAGGCCUGCAUUCCGCGUCCAAGAGCGUCGCUGAGCGUAGCAUGACUGAGGCAGCUGAGAAAGCAGUGUCCGCAGCAGAUGGGGGUAGCGAUAUCGCUGCUUCCUAUGACGGUACCUGGAUGCGCCGAGGAUUCGCAUCGCUCUUCGGAGCCUUCACUAUAAUUGCAUAUGAUGUCGGCAAAGUGGUGGACUGCGAAGUGCUUUCAAAGUUUUGCCACAAGUGCACGCACUUGGCGUCUAGAAAAGAGAAGGGAGAGCUAACCAAAGAUGACUAUGAUCGACAGAUUGCCGAACACGAUUGCUCAGUCAACACCACUGUAUCAGCUCCUGCCAUGGAGAGUGCAGCCGCCAAGACUCUGUGGGCCAGGUCCUUUGAGAGCCGCAAGCUGAGGUACACCACCUACAUUGGUGAUGGAGAUACCAAGAGUUUUAAGGCUGUGCGUGACGCUUGUCCGUAUGGGCCCGAGGUGCCUGUAGUCAAGGAGGAAUGUGUCGGCCACGUUCAAAAACGCAUCGGUACCAGCCUAAGAAAGCUGAAGAAAAACCUUGCGGGCAAGAAGCUUGCUGAUGGGCGCACUAUAGGCGGACGUGGUCGCCUCACGGAUGCCAUGAUCGACAAGCUGCAAGCCUACUAUGGCAUGGCUGUGCGGAACAACAGCGGAGACUUGCAAGCCAUGGCCAGGGCCAUAUGGGCAUCCCUCAUGCAUCGUGCAUCCAGCGACAGUAAACCUCAGCACCAGUAUUGUCCGCCUGGAAUUAACAGCUGGUGUAGAUGGCAGCAGCAACAGGCAGGUGGUGAUGUCUACGCCCACCACAAUAUCCUGCCAGAGGCAGUAUGGAAGGAACUGAAGCCGGUCUACAUUCGGUUGUCCGACCGGAGUUUGCUCGAGCGCUGCCAGAAGGGUGCUACGCAGAAUCGCAACGAAGCGUUCAAUGGACUCGUGUGGCAGUUGUGUCCAAAGACAGGCUUUGCAUCCGCUCCCACUGUCCAGAUGUGCGUCUACCUGGCCGUGGCCUGGUUCAAUGAUGGAGGUGUGGCAGUGAAACGCGUUCUGGACGAGAUGGGCCUCCCUACUGGACACCAUACGACACGUCUCAUCAAGCUGCUAGACCGUGAGAGACAGGCACAUGCUGCCAGAAAGAAGUCAGAAGAAGGGAAGAGGUCACGAAAGAAGCGAAGGAGGAUCAGGAAAGGCAUCCAGGAUGAGCAGCAAGAGGAAGAAGGUUUGACAUAUGAAGCUGGUGGCUUCGACUAAGUUCUAGUAAGUUCUAGUUGGACAGACAUACCUCCAUCUGUACUUGCACAGAGCACUUUUUUUCUCCAUUUUCCACUGAGUCGCGUACCUCUUAGACAGCGUAGCGAAGAACCUGUAAGUCACAGACCCCAUAAACCAUACAUUUUUGGAAACUGUGAGCAUUUAUCAAGGUGCUAAGUGUCAUGGAUUUUUAUAUUUGUCUAGUAGCUUUGAGUAAAGUGCUACUGAUCGAGGACCUAAAUUUUGCGCGAUUGCAUGAUUUUUGUUUGACAGCUUGAGUACUUUGUUCUGAAUAUGAUUUCAAAAUUCCGCUCCACUUAGCACCUAGGUAUAUGUGAAGGAAAUCCUGUGGAGCACUCAGUUUCUACCAGGGAGUAGUAAAAUACAGGGAGGUGACACGCCACUAAUCGUGAUUUUUGAUGGUUGCCUCGCGAUUGUUUUUUAUUUUUUAGCAAAAAAACCAUUCGUAGAAUCCAUCUCGAGUAUUUGUAAAAGGCCUAAUUCCAUAAAGAAACCCACACAUCUAGAAGAACAGUAUUCUUUUGGACGUUCGCAUGUACGCACGUCCAUGGUCAUUGUGGGGAGAACCAACAUCACAGAAAAAAUUGCCCCUAUCGACGAUAUGGACAAGGAGAACGGCGGUCACUUCCUUGAUACUGGCACUCUUGUUGACAGAGGCUUGCCAUAUAAGAGGAAAAGAAUUGACCAGGAUGGUGACCUUCCUCCACAGCGUGUACUGUCGGACAUCAGCGCACUCACCAAUUCAUCUGCAACAUCCAUGGAUAUGACGACCAAUCCUGGUCACACCCAGCCAGUUGCUGGACAGGGCAGCAACACCGACACAUCCAAGCCUAUUCUUUGGAGUGGCUCUGAAGCACCGAGUGUGCGUGAAAUUACUGUUUACUCCAUCCUCAUGGAGAAGUUCGGGAAUGAUAAGCCCUUCCGUGUGCGAAAUCCGCAACAGCCACAAUUGCAAGAGGCGGUACGAGCCAUCAAUCUUGUCCUACCUAACGAAGACCGUGUGUCAAGCGAAAGGCUCAGCAAAUACUUUCAGCGUGCAACAGCAAGAACACCUGGUGCAGGGUUUGGCAAAUACCGUGGUAAGCUGCGCUGGGUGCGAUUCAGCUCAGUUUUCAGUACAGUACGUGUCACUCAUUCAGCUUGCCUACAGAAAGCACUGCAAGGGUCAAUUGCAGACGAGGAGCGGAAAUCCUUGCUCAUUUGUAUUGGUGAAUGCGUAGGAGAAUGGGACCCUGCAUCAUCUCCUCCAUCACUAAAACAAGCUAAUGUUCCCCUCGACUUUGAUGGCAUUAAAAGGGCAGUGCCGACCAACUUCCGGUGGAGAGUAACACUGGAGAACGGAUGCUGUAUUAUCUGGCACUACAGAACAACAGGUGGUGCUACGGAGCGAUCAAUAAAGGUUCAACCCAACAUGGCAUACACAACACACUUUUAUGACCACAGCCUUCCACUUCUCAACUCUAAUCUUCCUGUCACGCUCACAACAACCGAGCAGCUUACAACUUUGCUAACAGCAGUGCAACACGCAACCAUAUGUAAAGGGUUGAAUUAUGAAAAAUAUGAGCCACUUUUCAAAGCCAGACUUGAUGGAAGCACUUUCAGGUCAAAGGAUGGGACGGUCAAUGCGUAUGCUGAAGAGUCAUACACAACACAGAGGUGCAUUCGAACAUCGGGCUGUGCAAUUCUAGUUAGUGCCACAGGGAUAUGCAGCACAUGUCGACAGUUUGACGGCAGCCUUCGGAAAGACUUGUCAAGACUUAAGAAUCGCACACCUGAAUCACGAGCAAGCACUGCGAUUACUCACUUAACGAGGGAAGAACUGGUUGACCGCGUGAGGACCAAGCCCGCUCCAAAGUCUGUGCAACGACAGGCCAAACAAUUGGAAGAACUCAAUAAAAAAAGGGUGACCACAAAGCACAACGGAGAGUAUGCCACAUUGUUUACGAAACUAGAGCAUGGGCUAGACAAGAUACAGGCUCAAGCUAACAAUCCUCAGUGCAACUGGAAGAACUGCUCGGAAUCAUUUAGCACAAUCGAGGAGUUGCAGAACCACAUUUAUUUCAAUCAUACGAAAAUAAUGGAAACUUCCUGUCAGCUUUUCCCAGCGUACGAGUGUCUGUGGUCAGGCUGCAGCACUAAACCGUAUAAAAGCAAAGCGGCUUUUCAUGCGCAUGUGCGGAAGCACACGGGAGAUUCAGGAGACAUCUUGUUUAAAUAUCUACUUGAGGACCAAGCCAGGGCACUCACAGUGCCUGAUCAUCAGAUGCGUUGGCAUCCCUGCGUUCUACGAUGGUGCCUACAUCAGCAUGCCCGCUCAGCCGCUGCAUACGAAGAUAUGCGCAGUAGCAGACUCCUUCGACUUCCGUCUGGCCGAACUCUCCUCAGGUACCGUAAUUUCAAUCACCCGCAGUCGGGAUGGAACGAUGGCACCUUGGAUGAAAUGCGGUCUGUUUAUGAUAAAUUUACUGACGCAGGAAAGGGGCAAGUAGACCGGGCCAACACAGGCGGGAUCUACUUCGAUGAAGUUAAAAUAAAAGAAGGCCUAAUAUGGGACCCGCGAAGCGAUGAACUGAUUGGGUUCGUCGACUUUGCGGGUGAGCCAAGUGAUGUAUUGCAAAAUUCAAUAGCGACCCAUGCAUUCCAAUUUCACUUCCGUUCACUGUUUUCUUCUUUUUAUUAUCCAUGUGCGUAUUUUUUAACAAGAUCUGUCAAAGCUAGCCACAUAGACAGAAUGUUUUGGCAAGGAGUUUCCGCGUUAUAUUCCAGAGGGUUUCAUGUUGUGCUGGCUUGUUGCGACGGUGCAGCAACCAACCGUUUGUUUAUGAAGAUGAACUCAGAUGUUGAUGAUGAAGUACCUUACCGAACAGUCAACCCAUACACUGGAGAGCCCAUAUUUUUUGUGUCAGACCCCACUCACCUGAUCAAAAAGUUUCGUAACAACUUAUCCAGCAGUGGAACACAUCCAAGUUCAACACGACUUUUGACCUACAGAGGAGAACCAAUAGUUUGGGCACAGGUACGAGCAGUGUAUGUUAGAGACAGCCAACGCCCAUUGCGAGCAACACCACUACGUCAUGAGCAUGUGCACUUAACGGCAUUUUCGAAGAUGAGGUCCAAGUUGGCAUUCAACGUUUUUAGUAGCCAUGUCAUCAAGGAAAUGGUCACAUCAGAACCAAACGCCACUGUGGCAGUCAGACAAUUUCUCGCCAGAGUACAAGAUCUCAUUCAAGUGUUCACGUCCCGUGACCGCAUACAGUCCAAUGACUGUGCUAGUAUGCAACUCUUUUCAUCUGCAUACCAGUGGUUUCGUGAGUGGAAAAUUGAUUGUAUGGCCAGAAACAACCAAAGUAUGACCCAAGCCAACAAAGAGUUCAUCUCCUCGCAGCUUUUCAAGGAUAUAUCAAUUACGUACUAUGGCAUACAUGGCUUAGUAGAGUGGGUAGCUGCAAGUAACAUGAAUGCAACAGUUAAGCGUUAUAUACUACUGUACCGUAUCAACCAGGAUUUCUUAGAGCAAUACUUUGGCAUGCAGCGCUCUGGAAGUGGAUGUAAUAACAACAUGACUGCGUAUGGUUACGGCUACAAGGCGAAUUCGCUUGCACAAUCCCGUGUGCUUUCCCAGAACCUUGGCACAGCAGCAGUUAACAUGCCUCUACCUCAGUAGGUGAGAGAACCUGUCCAAUAGUCAGCACAAUGACAGCUAACUCGUGUAUGAUGACCGCAUCAUACUGCAUAUUUGCCGCAUAUUGGCCUGUUUUCGCCCCCGGUAAGUAUGCGCAUAAGUUUAGAAUUUUUUGUCAGCGCUAAUCCGUGGGGACAGACUUAUACUUAUCACUCUUCUGUAUCGCCGUCCACUAAUUCUUGUGAUCCUUGACUGGUCCUAUAAUGCCCAUAUCGCAGUAAUAUCGACUGUUUAUAUCGACUGUUUAUAUUGACUCUUCAAGAGAACACUGCUAGUUAUGUUGUACAUUGUCGUUGUAUGCAAUCUGAUAUAGCACAGUAUUCCAUAGCGUGGUUGGCUGAGUGGUUAUCUUCAGUUUUUGAGUGGCUAUCUUCAGUUUUUCUUUCUUGCCUGUUAAGCCGUGCAGCGGAAUUAUUUUACUGUGUUGUUUAUUCCAAUCGUUUCCUUUCAUCUGUGUGUGCCUUCUGAUGUGCUGUGUGCUGUCAACCUCGGAUAAGAAUGGCUGCGCUCUCAUUAUUCCAUCAGAAGC